ACAGAUGUGAUCAUCGUUCUGCGAAUGUGAUGGUGGACGGGACGCCAGUGGAUCUGGGUCUGUGGGAUACAGAAGGACAGGAGGAUUUCGACAGGCUCCGCCCCCUGUCCUACCCUCAAACGGACGUGUUUCUCAUCUGCUUCUCCCUUGUGAGUCCUGCCUCUUUCGAGAACGUCCGUGAAAAGUGGUAUCCAGAAGUGAGACACCACUGUCCAGCCACUCCGAUCAUCCUGGUGGGAACCAAGCUUGAUCUGAGAGACGAUAAGGACACCAUCGAGAAGCUGAAGGAGAAGAAACUCACGCCCAUCACGUAUCCUCAGGGCCUGGCCAUGGCCAAAGAGAUCGGGGCGGUGAAGUACCUGGAGUGCUCGGCGCUCACACAGCGCGGGCUGAAGACGGUGUUCGACGAGGCCAUCCGGGCCGUGCUGUGCCCCCCGCCGGUCAAGAAGAGGGGCAGAAAAUGCUCACUUCUCUAGAGACUGACGCCACCCAAACUGUGUUUCUGAAGGAGAAACGAGACCCGGCUUUCAUCUCUCAACUUUUCCUCCAUCGUAAUCACCAGUACAACUUUACUCACUUCACAAAAUAUGUAGUAAAACAUUGAUCCCCGUCUCCCUUAGACAAACACGUGCUAUUGGACGAGCUGUGGCCUUUGACUAACGGAUAUUAACUCUUUUUUUAAAGACGGUUAACAGUGUCCUGAAGUUGGUUCCUUCCAUUGAGAACCCAUAAUGUUUGUUUACAGUCUUUGUUUGAGAGAGAAAUGAAGAUCUGGCCAAAUAGCACUACAUUAGCAUACACCACAUUUCUUGCUUUUUAACCCCUAAAGAGCUGCAACCAUUUGGCUAACCAUUGGCUACUGUGAAGCCAGGGAUAUUGAAUGAAAGAGUUAUUGGUGAAUCGUGAGGAUCAGUAAAUGGAGGAUGAGGCGUCCGGACAGAUUUUUAUAUAUCUUCAUUAUGGGGUUAUGUGCACACUAUUUGCCAUUUGUUUUGGGGGGCUAUAAUGUAAUUUAAGGCACAAAAACACGCCGCAUCACGUCACUUCCGAAUUUUAGAAAUCAUGUUUUGCAUAAAAAAAAUGAAGCUUGUAUUUUUAGGACCAUUUUCAUCACAAUAUACGGUAAUUUUAAAGUUCUUUUUGAAUUAAAGUACAACCAAUAUUACCAGUGGUUGAUGAAUAAUUAUAAUAAUAUAUUUUUCUAUUAAAGUAACUAGUUUUUUUUUUUUAUAUGAGGACUUUGAUUGUGGAAAAUGGGCUUAAUUGCAA